CAACAUACACAAUUUAACAACCGGACCUUGCAGCCUGCCAGGCAGUGCGGUCAGCCAGGGCUGGACAAAAGCGCUUUCCUCCAAUUAUAAAUCAUUUAUUAACCGUCCGUUUCUGUUUUUAUAAGGUUGCCGGUAAACAAGCCGCCGUCUCGGUAAACACUCUGUCGGCAUGAAUCUCGGAGAUGGCUUGCUGUUUGAACUUGAAAAUGGAAAACCCAAGUUGAUUGUACUCAGUCAUGGUGUUGAGAAGAAUCCAGUAAAGCAGCUGUCCUUCAGGCCCAGAGCGGCUAACAUCCUGAGCUCCAGGCAGCCGUCCUGUGUUGAGGAGAUGCAGGUGGAGCGUCCAGCCAGGCAGCAGCAGGCAGGGAGGCACAGAGACCGCAGGGUCAAGGCAGGAGGAGCAGCAUCCUCCUUCACCUCCAGCACCACUGCUGACGGGGGAAAAAGCACCACUCUGUCAACAUCCAAAACACGAGAGCAUCACACAGCAGGAGGCGGUGCUAAAGCUGAACCCAAGGUGAAGUCAGACAGACACCAACAGAGCUCCACCGUUGGAUCCCGGAGAGCCAAUGGGAAAAAAGGAGCGCUUCAGAAUCGAGGUGGUGGAAAGGCGGGACUAAAGGACACGCUGCCCACUGGGGAUACAGGACUGAAGGAUAAUGUGGUGUGUCUGACCAGUGAGCAGCUGCAGCACAUCCUCAACACCGUCCAGACCUCCAGCAAUGGCCAACACCCACCAGAGGACCACAGGACCAACGGUACUGAGAGAAAUGAAACGGACUCAAAAUCUGGCUCUUCAGCGAAUGAUAGAGGAGGAGGAGAGAUGAAGGAGGAAGAUGGAGGAGGAGGAGGAGGGGAAGAAAUUAAGAAGGGAGGAGUAACUGAUACAACUGGAGCCUCACAGGAUAAAGAUAACAGGUCGUCUGGGUGUCUGUUCAGCUGGCUGGAGGAGCGACAGUCAGAGAGCAGAGCUGCCAUGGACGCCAAGAAGGCUCAGUGGAGGAGAGAACUAAAUGAGCAGGUGGCACUGAAACAGCAGCAGCAGCAGCAGUGUUCAGCACCUGGCAGACUGCAGGCUGAGGAGGACACAGAAAGUGUGUUAUCAGUUCGGAGCUCGUUGAGCCACAGAGAGCAGCCUGCUGCCAUCAGAUCCAGUCUCAGACUCGGGGAGGUCACUCCAGUGGAGGAGGUGCUGAGUGUGGAGAGGAGAGAGGAGCAGAGGAGACGCUGGCUGGAGGAGCUGAACCAACAGAGAGACGAGGCGACUGAACGCAGGAGACGAGAGAAAGUCCUGCAGAGCCAGACGGAGGACCACGAGCUCUGGGCCGCGCACUUCGACUCUCUGCAGAGGAGACUUCCUGUCCAGACUGCGGCUCCGUCGGCUCCAUCAGCUCCACCUCCACCUCCAGCCCCGCACGGUGGCUCCGAGCGAGGGGAGUGGGACCCAUCCUCCAGCCUGUCCCUGGUCUGGGACGCCACAAGCAGCUGUGGAGCAGAGAGCGUAGGGGGAGCCAGCAUGGACAUGACCAGCGGAUACCCGACCAGAACCAGCUACCUGAGGACCAUGACCGCCCUGCUGGACCCGAUCCAGAUAGAGGAGAGAGAGAGGAGGAGGCUCAAACAGCUGGAGCAGCAGCGAGCAAUCGAGGCCCAGGUGGAGGAGCGGCGGCGGCAGAGGGAGCGAGAGGAGGCGAGGAGGAGAGAGGAAGAGGAGGAGGAAGAGAGGAGAGUGGAGCUGGAGAGGGAGAUGCUGCAGAGACAAUACGAGCUGGACACACUGAGGGAGAAGCAGAAGGCAGAGGAGCCAGACAAAGACCAAGACGAUGGAAAACAAGAGGAGACUCAGGAGUCCAGAGAAGCUUCCAGACAGGGUGAGCGUUUGGAGGAGAAGGUCAGCGGUCCAGUCUUCCCGUUAAAAGACACUGCUGUACAGACAGAAGCAGCUCCGUCUCUCCUGCACAGAGCAGACAGAGUUCAGACUCCUGAAGUCUCUGCACAGUACCAGCCGCCUGCUUCUCUGUCUGCUGCUCCUCCAAACAGCAAGAACCGAGCUGUGAGAACAGGCAAGGAGAACAUCUGUCUGCCAGCGGGAGGAGGAGGAGGAGGAGGAGGAGGAGGAGGAGGAAGAGGAGGAGACCCAUAUGACGCGUUUGCCAGGACAGACAGAAGCAGGAGAGAGAAGAGGAGGCCUGAGUGGAACACGCAGAGGCCCAGCCGGCGCUUUGUUCCGGCCUCGGAGCGUUACCCUGCUGCUCUGCAGAGGAACAGACAGGAGAGUCGACUGAAGAGGCAGGCUGAGCUCCUCGCCCUGCAGGAGAGGACCCGUCUGCCCAGGACCGACCCUCCUCCUCCUCCUCCUCCGAACCAGGAGCCUCGUCUCUGCUCCAACCCCACACAGACCAGAACCAGCCCCGCCAGGAGGGUGGAGAGUGUUUCCAGAGGACAGAGCGUCUCUGCAGCCGUGUACAUUGAAAGGGGGCGCUCUCCUCCCGUCCCUGCUGUCAGACACAAUGUGCAGAGCCAGCAGGCCUCCACCUCUCCUCCUCCUCCCCUUGAGUUCAUCCCUUACGUCCGAACCCACGAAGUCUUCAACCUGGACCCGCUGGAGCCUGCAGACACACCUCCUCCUCACUCCCCCACAGAAGCUCCUCAGAGCUCAGCGUCUCCUCCUGCUCCAUCACAUCGAGACCCCCUCCUCCACCCGGAGCUGCUUCGUAACUCACACACACACCGACAGCAGGAGAUCCUGAGAGGCCUGGCCCAGCUACGACAGGGUUUACUACAGAAGCAGAGGGAGCUGGAGACGGAUCUGAACCCUCGACUGAAGCGCCAUGACAACCAGCGCCGGUCACCCUCGACAACGCACCAGAUGUGACCUCUGGAAACUACAUUUCGCACCUGGCUGGUCCACGUGUGUGUGGUGUCUGAGGGUCACAGGAGGUCACCGCAAGCUGUCCACUGUGAACGUCACCUGAAUAUCAACAACCAGACUGUUACAGCUUCGGGAUAAACGAGACUUUUUCACUAAUGUUUGAAUUCUGCCUGAAGAAAAUCUGUGUGUGUUUGCAACCACUUACAUCUCUCUGUUAACCUGCAACAUUACAGAUCCUAAACUACCACAUCUUCCCCUCAAUACACCAAUCACAGCUCAGCAAGACAUUUUCCCACUUUAACCCAUUUAUGAACACUGGGUUCGGAUGUGUGUCAUCAUGGCUGCUGGAGACUCAAGCUGAAACUUUUUAUUUGAAAACCAAACUACUGUUCAGAUGCAUAUAAAAAGGUUCAUAAAACAGUCUGAUGUAUUGAUGUGUUGUUAGUAGAUCAGACUGUUGCUAAACAUGACACCAAAACAUCUGAGAAGUCACGUGGGGAAGGAUUUUAAAGAACGCUACAACUUAGUAAAACGCAGCUGGUUCACAGUCACGUCUGUGAAGCAGCGGAGGAACAGGAAGUUCAUGUGGUCGGACUUUGAUUGGACCUGUUUUUGUCUUUUUUUCACCCCUCAUCCUCUACAGGAGAUGAUCGGCCGCAGAUUUUAUCAGAUGACAACAGCUGCAUCCAGCUGACAUUGGAGUUUAUAUGUACUGUAGUUAAUAACCUGCCUGCAGUUAAUGAGGAUGAAUUAUGAUAAUUAGCUACAGUAUAGACAUCACCAUAGCAACUAUAACUAAAAUAUGAUUUGCUUUCAGUCUAAACAUCUUUACGCCGGAUUUUAAAAUCUAGACGUGUCUCUAAAUUGUUGGUUUUGAUUAUUGACCACUGAAAUGUGAUUUCAACCAAACAUGAGCAGCUGACUGACUCUUAACUUUGACUAUUUCACUACAAGCGACCGUGUCAUCGGUGUUACUUUUCUUUUAUCUGCUCCAUCGGUUCUACCUCACAUCAACACCUUGAAACCACGACUGCUUCCUCCAGAGACCGCUCAUGUUUUCACUCCUCAACAUGUGAUAAUAAAACUCGUUUUGUGCUGCUCACUGACUGAAUUUAUAAGGGUGAGCAACUUUUCAUGUGCAGGUUGUGUUUUUUAUUCUAUUUUUAAUGCACUUUCCAAAUAAUCUGUCCUGCAGAGAGGUACAGUUGACUUUAAAUCAAGAAUUUUAGAUGGGGGUUUUUUUUGGGGGGGGGGGGGGGUUUCUGUGGCUUCCUGCUGGCAGAGGAGUUCCAUGUUUCAGUUUGUGCUUCUGUGUUGUGUAUUCUUAUUUAUUGCAAAUGUAAUAAAUAAUGUUAAGUGCAUUGAGACCCUUUUUUCUUACAGCUAUACCUCUGACUCUUGAACAUUAACAGGUGAAGCCAUAUUCUUAAGCUCUUAUGAACACAUGGAUGAAUGAUUAUUAAUAUAUUUAAUUAAAGCAAUGGCUCUAAUCUCAGGA